AUGGCGAGCCUCAGUCUUGAGAAGGAGGGGAGGCAGCGGUCGCUUAAAGAGCAGCAAAGAAAGCCCGAUGAUGAUGAUUCUGAGGACAACCAAUCGCAAGCCUCUGAAAACACCGGAAUUGACCCUGGUGGAGGCCGCACAUUGAUUAAUGGCUACAGCAAAAGAACAAAGAAGCUUCCUUGGUCUGUUCUGCUGGCUUAUGCAGCCCCGAUGAUAGGCGCAGGAGGCAUGAAUUUCACAUUAACAACAUUUGCUGCAUACUUCUAUACAGACACUAUGGGGCUACCCCCAGGUACCUAA